CUGGCACGGAUGUGCCGAUUCAAUUUUACCUGGCUGUGGAUCUCAGAUUUUUCCAAAAUCCAUGGUAGCAUUCAUCUGAGGUGCCUCAGCCGAACCCGACUGCUACAUUUUUGCGAAGGAAAGUGUGUUUUCCCCCUCCUGCGGUUCAAUCCGAGCGGACGAGGCGGACGGGGAGCUUUCGCGGCAGGUUGUCAACGAGACUCAGCCGCUGAAGGCUACUCAGCCUGCGUUGAAUGCCUGCUUUGUUUAUUCACCGGCACUUUUCGCGGAGCCAGCAUUCUCAUUCUCUUCUGUGCGGUACUGCAGCUCUGCGCGUCUCUUAUCGUACGCGUACUGUCAGGAUAUUUUAUCUCCUCAUCAAGACCAUCCCGAUUCUGGAGCGUUUGCUCCUUCGGAACCUCGUUAUGGCAUGCAUAGUAAUUCAUCUCUGCCCUAGUUGACAGUGGCAGUGGUUGCUUCACCACGUCGCUGACGCAGUGUGCGACUGAAGGGUCAACAAAGCUGACGUCGGUAGUAUCUAUCAACAUGAGAAUCCAGAACCAGUUACCCCCCCCGACGCACCAAAGCGGCUCCUUGACUUGGUGGCAACGGCCCCUCCGUCUUCUCGAUGCUGUUCUUAGUGGAUAUGGUUUGCCGCUGGCGCUACGGUCGAGAAAAGGAAACAGCUUGAUCGAACAGGUGCUGGUGACUAUCCUGUGCGCAGUGCUAGUUUCCUUGUUGCUGAGAAAGCUGAUAACUGACUACAGAGUCGAUUUGAUCUGGCAGCAAUUCUUGGAGAAGCUGACGGAGGCGCUCGCGGUAAACGAGCUGGACGUGUCUCACAUUCAGCGCAUGAUUCGUUCAGAGCUAUCUUCCCCCCAACUUAGCGGCAAGCUCCGCUCUCGUCAUGCGUAUGAGCUCUUUCGAACACUGCGGCUGCGGCAGGACAUGAUCCUGACUCAGGACUUCAACGCGGUUGCGUCGGAGGUCGCCGCACUCGGCGUGCCUGUAGAUCUUGCACUUCUACGAGCUGAGACAAAAAGACCUCAAACGAGGACAUACACUACGGGAAGAGCAUUAAAGAUUUCUGACUGGGUCCGAAUGGGUCCACCGAUCAGGACGCUGUUGUUGCACAUCGCGAGCAUCUGCCGCCUUUUUAUGCACACAAUCCAAGAAGCUUCAGAUAUUAUUUUCAACGACCCUGCGUCAAGUCUCGUGGCGCUUUGUAUUUAAUUCAUCCCCCCCACCGUGAUGGCGGUACUCUGUACACGCUAGUGAUACUUCCAUUCAUUUUUGGUUUCAUUGAAUUUUGUCAAAGGGUAAUGCAGUAAGUGCUUGCCAUUUGUGUUCAAAAAGCGUCCGCUCAGUCAGGUACAGCCUCCUUGACACCGGAGAUGCGUGUGAGUAAUUAUCCUUGGAUGAAGCUAGUGAUCGUGGUUGUGCUUAUCUCGCCAAACAGGCAGCAAAAUGUUUUCUACCGAAGUUGUGCAAUGCGCAUCUGAUGCCUUCCUGAUCGAUUACAGAGUUGUGAGCUAUUUUAUGAUUGGAAUGCGACUCGAGUGGAACAGAGUCGUAAUAAUGCUUUAAAUUUGUUUCUUUGUGAGCAAUGUGGCAUGCACAGUAGCAAUGUAGCUUCGGUUGAAAUCAGCAUCAAACUCCAGAUCUCCAUUCAAGAAAUCGGACGAAUCGGAUCAACUCCGGGAGGCAUUUCCUUUCCACAGUGCUCACGGUGCUGGAGAAUCACCCAUAAAACUGCGCCAGUACAUGCACACCGUGGACACGCGAGGCGUGACCCUCCGCAUUUGGUGGUGGUCAUAGUGCAGCGCUCUCUUUGUCACACACGACUGGAAGACGACCCGACUGAUUGCGAAUUUAUCACACAGUGGCUC